AUUUAAUACUUUGAUUGUCACCAACCACUAGAAUUGUAUUAAAAAAUGGAGGAAAAAAGAUAAAGAAAUAUUUAUCGGACAAAGUUAUAACCUCAUUGAGAAUAUCAAAUUGAUAGUUAAAAAAUUGUAAUAUCUUGUGUUAUAUUGUUUUGGCUUCUAUAUGGGAACUUCAGAAAACAUGGAUAAUCAAAAUAUGGAUGACAGCAAUCAUGUUAAGGGUAUAAACGACCUGAGUUGGAAGGUUAAAGAAAACAUUGUUAUAUCAGGUAUUUCUGGACGUUAUCCAGACUCAGAUGAUAUUGAAAAGUUUUGGUCAAAUCUCAUGAAUGGGGUUCCUCUUUAUACAGCUGAUGAUCGACGAUGGCCAAUAGUUAUGUCAAAGUGGCUUUUGAUUGUCCUUACGGAUCUUUCAAUCCUAAAGCCAUGGAAGAAACGACAAGAGCUUCCAAUCAUUAAAUUGUUUCCAAAGCGAGUGAUUCCAGUAAAUUUUAACACCCGGAUGAAAAAACCAAGAACAAACUUCUCGUUAUUAUUGCCAUCUUGUUAUCUUGGAACACCUAAAAGAGCUGGAAAAAUCAAUGAUAUAUCCAAGAUGGAUGCCGAAUUUUUCGGAAUACCUGACAAAGAUGCUCAUCUUAUGGAUCCUCAAAUAAGGAUUUUUCAUGAAGCUGUUUAUGAAGCAAUUUGGGAUGCUGGUAUAAAUCCAGAUGAUCUCCGUGGUAGUCGUACUGGAGUAUUUUUUGGCUUAUGUUAUGAUGAUUCCACUCAAGCUAUAACUCAAGAUGAAUCCUUGGCUCAUUCUUACAUUCAAUGGUCCACCUCUCGAGUUUCUUAUGCUCUCGAUCUUCGAGGUCCAGUUGCUCAAGUUGAUUCCGCUUGUGCAUCGAGUUUCUCUGCUUUCUGUGCCGCCUUGUCCUCCAUGAAAGCAGGUGAUUGUGAUAGCUGUAUUGUUGGUGGUGUAACUGUGCAAUUGCGUCCCUCAAUAUCUCAAUGUUUCCGUGCACUUAGUAUGUUAUCCGAUGACGGUAUCCCUAAAUGUUUGGAUGCCAAAGUAGAUGGUUACUGUCGAGCUGAAGCUGUAGUUGCUAUCUUUUUACAACGAGAACCUGAAGCUCGUCGAAUCUAUGCAAAAGUAUUAAAUUGUCGAACUAAUUGUGAUGGAUUUAAGCCUGAAGGAAUUACUUUCCCUCGAUUCAAGCUCCAGCAUUCUUUAAUGAAACAAGUCUAUGAAGAAGCUCAUAUCAAUACUGAUGAUGUUGAAUACAUUGAAGCUCAUAUGACUGGUACACCAGCAGGUGAUCCUAUUGAAUCGGAGGCUAUCUUAUCAGGUUUAAGAUCAAAAUCAACGAAACCUAUUCUUUUCGGUUGCCUUAAAUCAAAUAUGGGUCAUACUGAAGGAGCAUCCGCACUUUGUUCAAUUUCAAAGGUUGCCAAAAUAUUUCAAACGGGAUGGAUUCCUCCUAAUCUUAACUUUACCGAACCAAACCCUAAUAUUCCUGGUCUUUCAAAGGGAAUCAUCAUUCCAGUAUUGAAGCAAACACCAUUCAAUGGAGACAUUAUUGGUGUAAAUUCAUUUGGCUUUGGUGGAGUCAAUGUUCAUGCUGUUUUAACCGCUAACAAGAAACGGCUUACACCUGAAUCUUACCUUAUUGAUUCACCCAUUCCGCGUUUGGUCAAUCUUUGCAAUCGAACCUCUCAAGGAGUACAAUUUAUGUUUUCUACGUUAAGUGAAAAAUUGGACAAAAAGACAUUGAACCGGGAAUAUUUGACUCUACUUAACAAUUUAUCUUACGCAGAGCCUAAACGAGGUCUUAACCAUCGAGGUUAUGCUGUAAUUGAAAACGGUGAAAUUGUUCGUAAAUCAAACAAAAAAGUUGAAGCAAAACAACCUUUAUGGUUUAUCUUUUCACCUCUUGGUUCUCAAUGGAAUGGUAUGGGAAAAUCAUUGAUGAAACUUCCAGUUUUUGCUUCCAAAAUGGAUAAAUUGGCCGAAGUUUUGAAACCCUUUGGAAUCGAUCUGAAAUCGCUCAUAUGUGAUUCAGAGAAUAAGGAAAUCUUCGAAUCAGUUGUUCAUGCUAUGGCUUCUAUUGUUUCUAUUCAAAUUGGUCUUGUUGAUGUUUUACGUUUCCUGAAUAUUGAACCUGAUGGUAUUUUGGGUUAUUCAUUUGGUGAGAUAGCCUCUGGAUAUGCUGAUGGAUGUUUAACUGAUGAACAAGCUGUUUUGAUUGCCUACUGGGUUGCAAAAACGGUACUCGCAAGCCAAACUGGACCUGGAAGAAUGGUAAAUCUAGGUUUAACAUGGGAAGAAGCUCUAAAAGUGUGUCCAACAGGCAUUGAACCAGGUUGUUCCAACACCAAAAAUAAUACAACAGUUUCUGGUGAUGCAUCAGUUUUUCCUGGUUUCCUUGAAGAUUUAAAGUCUCAAGGUGUACCCAUAGUUGAAGUUGAAUCAUGUCAAACUGCUUUCCAUUCAUCAUUUAUUGCAUCAAGUUAUGAUGGGUUAAUUGAACAUUUCAGCAAAAUAAUAACCGAACCUAAACUACGUUCUCAUCGCUGGAUUUCUUCAUCAGUUCCUGACGAGGAAGCUACACAAGAUCGAUAUCGUUAUUGUACUCCACAUUAUUACGCUCAUGCUGCUAUUAAUCAGAUUCGAUUUUAUGAAAAAAUCAAGGUGUUACCCAGAAACAGUUGUUUCCUUGAGAUCGCACCAAAUGCCACUUUAUUGCCUUUAAUAAGAGAAACCAUCGGUUCUGAAGGAUCUUACGUCCGAUUGUCUGACAAAUCAUCACAAGGAUUAAUUCCUCUUCUCUCUGGACUUGGUGAUCUUUAUAAAUCAGGAUUAAACCCAGCAAUUGAAAAGCUAUAUCCUUCAAUUGAGUAUCCUGUCUCGCGAGAAGUUGAACCUUUGUCUCAUCUAUUAAAAUGGGAUCACUCUAAAUCCUAUUUGGUUGCCAAGUAUCCAGAAUAUCAAACCAGUGGUGCGGUCAACGUUCGAUAUUCUUUCGAUCUUAAUAACCCAUCAGAUAAAUACUUAGCUGGUCAUACAAUCGAUGGACGUAUUUUGUUUCCAGCUACUGGUUAUAUGUAUAUUGUUUGGCGUCAAUUGUCUCGAAUCAAGGCCAAGGAAUCAAUCAUUGAAUUGUUGAAUGUUAAACUUCAUCGAGCUACUUUACUUAGUCGGGGAAAUGCAGUUCAAUUUACUAUUCUAUUGAACGAAAAAGUUGGAAAAUUCGCCAUUGUUGAAUCAGAAUCUGUCGCUUGCUCUGGUGAAUAUCGUAUUGGCUCGAAACAUUGUCAGACUAAUUACACAGAAAUGGGAAAAGUAGAGACUUCCCCAGAUGCUGUCACUAUUGACGGCAAAUCAAUUUACAAGGAAUUGAGAGUUCGAGGCUACGAUUAUGGGUCAACAUUUCAAGGUGUAGUUGAAGCCAUGUCUGAUGGUAGUUGCGGUAAAAUCCGUCGUCUUGAGCAUUUUAUAUCUUUAGCUGAUUGUAUUCUUCAUUGUGCUAUCUUGGCUAAUCCUAUCCGUGAACUUUUCUUGCCAACAUUUUUUGAGUACAUACGUUAUGAUCCAGAAAAGUUAUUCAAAGCUUUUGAAACCAACGCAGAUUCCAUGAAAACAGUUUAUUUUGAUCGUCAUUGUAAUGUCAUUUCAACUGAAGGACUUGUUAUUAAAGGAAUGGUUGGUAACACGGCUCCAAGAAAAGUCAACAAUCAACAAGUAACCCUUGAAUCGUACGAUUUCCAGCCUUACGAUGGUUCAUAUGUUGCUCCAAUUAAAGAUGCUAAUCUAAAUGAGUACAUUGAUUUGUGUGAUACACUUUGGGGUAACUUGAUUGAAGCAAACUCAAAAUCCAUUCCCACAGAUGUAAAUGACCGAAUUCAAUCGCUGGUUGAAUCUGAUCCCAAUAAAAAUGGUUUAUUGACUGUUCUUAAUCAACUUGCUUCUGAAAAGGAGCAACAAAAUGACCAAGUUGAACAAUUCAAGAAUGUAAUCAACAAACAUAUUACAUCAAAUAUUGAUAAAUUAUCAUCAGAUAAAUUGUUGAAUAAUCCUGAUUUGGCCGGUAUAUUGCGAUUCCAUAUGGGAAUUGUUGAAGAAAACGUUUCUGCUACAGUUAUUAACAUGGUUGAAGUAAAUUUGAGUCAAAAUGCAAUUUACUCCAUUUUAUUGGAAACAUUACCUAUUUUAAUGAAUCGUGGAGUUAAUUACACAAUUGUAACACCUAAUAAUGACGGUUCAAACUUUAGACGAACCCAACAAAAGAUUCACUAUUGGUCACCUUCUAGUGGACUUCCAGAGCUUCCAUCAGCUGAGGUCAUACUUUACGUUGAACCUUCCUGUGAUCUUUUACACGCAUCAUUAGAGCAAAUUGAUCCAAUCAACUCUGUUGAAUUGUUUAACAAAUUUGCUGAAAAUUUAGCUCCACAAGGAUUCGCUUUGAUUCUUACUCGAAGUCAAAUUUAUCCUCUGGAAGAAAAAAUAACCAAAUAUUCAGGUCAAAAAGAAAGUGAAUGGUCAACAUCGGAUGCUACAAAAUACAAGGAUAUACUUGAAGAGACAGGAUUUACUUUGAUUGCUUCCCGGUGUGCAGAUUCAGGCUGGAAAUCUUUGUUAAUUAGGAAAAAAUUGUGCAAUCAAGAGUUGAAAACUCGAGUAAUAGACACUUCAAUUCAUCAGUUUGAUUGGGUUGAUACAUUAAAGACCCACUUAGAAGAUCCACAUUAUAACCGUGUCUGGCUUCGAUCCAACUCACGAUUAACUGGUCUUGUUGGUAUGGUUAAUUGUAUUCGACGUGAACCAAUUGGAUCUAAAUUGAGAUGUUUAAUUACUGAAGAGAGCUCUGAAGAAACUGAAAAACUUUUUGAGAGUUAUGGUUUGACUGAAAAAGAUUUGGUGAUGAACAUUUUCGAUGGAUCUUCACUGGGCUCUUAUCGUCAUACAUUAAUGGAUUCCAAAGACAAAUAUAUUAGCGCCAAUUAUUCUUAUGCCGAUUUCACUAUUAGGGGUGAUUUAUCAUCUAUUCGUUGGUUGCAAUCUCCAAUGAAUUUUUGCAAAACUAUCGCACCAGAAAUGAGAGGUUUACCACUGCAUAAGAUAAAUAUUUAUUAUGCAGCAAUCAAUUUCAAAGAUGUAAUGGUUGCUUCAGGUCGUAUACCUACCAAUGCCUAUCCUCACACAUUGAGUAAAUUUGGUUUAGGUUUUGAAGUAUCUGGUAUCCUUGAAUCGGGUCAACGUAUUGCUGGAAUGACCUCUGGCUCAGGAAUUUGUGACACCAUUUCUGAUGUUACUUGUAGCUUUAUUGUCAAAGUUCCUGAUUCAUGGUCUCUUCGUGAUGCAGCCGGAGUACCAAUUAUUUAUUACACCGCUGUUUAUGCUCUCAUCAUUCGUGGUCGUUUGACUCAAGGUGAAAGAGUUUUGAUUCACGCUGGAACCGGCGGUGUGGGUCAAGCAGCAAUCAACAUUGCUCUUGGUAUGGGAUGCGAAGUUUUCACUUCAGUUGGAACACCAGAAAAGAGAGAAUAUAUCAAAAAAUUGUUCCCUGCUUUAGAUGACAGACAUAUUUGCCAUUCUAGAAAUACUUCCUUUGAAGAGCAAAUUCUCAAAGAAACCAACGGAGAUGGUGUUGAUGUUAUUCUUAAUUCUCUUGCUGAAGAUAAAUUCCUUGCUUCUAUGCGUGUUCUUGCUGAAAAUGGACGUUUCAUUGAGAUUGGUAAAUACGAUAUUAUCCAAAACAAUACAAUUGACCCCGCACUCUUAGCCGGCAAUAAAACUUAUCACGUUGUCUGCCUUGCUCAUCUUCAAGACAAUGCUUUCUCUGGCUGUGUUAGAGCCCGUGAAACAGCAGAAACAUGUCGACGAUGGGUUGAAGAAGGUUUAACUAAUGGCACAGUCCGACCUAUCGACACAACCGUAUUUGAAAGAGAUCAAGUUGAAGAAGCGUUGAGAUACAUGGCUGCUGGUAAACAUACUGGAAAGGUUUUAAUUAAAAUUAGAGAUGAACCCACAGAGCCUGUUCCAUUGGUUAAAUCUUAUCCAUGUUUGGCACAAGUUCAUUUCGAUCACGAGAAAACAUACAUAAUCACUGGAGGAUUAGGUGGAGUUGGUCUUGAAAUGGCUAAUUGGAUGGUUUCUCGAGGAGCUGCUAAAUUAGUAAUGACGUCUCGUUCAGGUGCCGUUACUGGCUAUCAAAAAAUGUGUAUUCAACGAUUGAAACAAUCUAUUCCAUACUCAUUUGGAAAAGUUGUUGUCUCAACUAAUACUGCUUUAACUGAAGAUUCUGCACGAGCUUUAUUCGCCGAAGCAAGUGUACUUGGACCCAUUGGGGGUAUUUUUAACCUGGCUAUGGUCUUAGCUGAUGCUCUCUUUGAAAAUCAAACGGUUGAAGCUUUUGAACGUGUUUGUGCACCAAAGGUCCAAGCAACACUUUUACUUGACUCACUGUCUCGACAAAUUUGUCCUGAUUUGGAUUAUUUUGUUUGCUUUUCAUCAGCUGCUGCUGGUAAAGGUAACGCCGGUCAAUCUAAUUAUGGAUUUGCUAAUUCGUUUAUGGAAAGAGUUUGUGAAGAUCGUCGAGCUGCUGGUCAUCAUGGUUUAGCCAUUCAAUGGGGAGCCAUUGGUGACGUUGGUGUAGUGGCUGAACAUUUGGGUGGCAAUGAUGUUAUAAUUGGUGGUACUUUACCACAACGAAUACCCUCUGUAAUGUCAACUAUGGACACCUUUUUAACUUCAUCGCAUACAACUUGUUCAUCUAUUGUUAUCGCUGACUCUAAACGUGCUGGAAGUGGUGUUAAAGAAUCGCCGUUCAAAAUGAUUUGUCACAUUCUUGGUGUUAAAGAUCCUUCAACUCUUGACCCAUCUACAACUCUUGGUGAACUUGGAAUGGACUCUCUGAUGGCUGUCGAAAUUAAACAAGCUCUUGAACGUGAUUAUGAUUCUAUUCUAUCUGCUCAAGAGAUUCGUAAUCUUAAGAUUAAAGAUAUCAAGGAACUCAGUCUUUCAAAAGGAGCAAAAGCUUCAGAGACUAAUAAUGAAUCUGAUAAACUUGAAGAAACAAAUCUUCUUACCGAAGUCUACCAAGAACCCGACUCACUGUUUACCACUAUAUCGUCUCACAAUGGUAAAGCUGUAUUCUUCUUCCCGCCCAUUGAGGGUAAUUUCAAUUUGAUGCUUCCGUUGACUCGAGUUCUCUCAAGACCAAUCAUUGGUAUCAAUUGGACUAAAGAUUUGGAUACAUUUGAAACCAUUCAAGAAGCAGCUAAUUUCUAUGCCGAUAAAUUAUUGGAAAGUUAUCCAACUGAUGAAACAUUUGAUUUUGUUGGUUACUCUUUCGGUUCGCUUCUAGCUCUUGAAGUUUCCUUGCAAUUAACUGUUCGACGAGGUCAGUCAAUUAUCAAUCGAUUGGUCUUGUUGGAUGGAGCUCCUGAUUAUCUUCGUUCUCAAUUAGAUGAGAUGAUUGAUAAAUAUGGUUCUAUGGACGAAAGUUUAGCUCAAGCUGAAACUCUGAUUAACUAUGCAGCUUCUGUUAUUCCCUCGGAUGAGCUUAAUAAAUUCAAGGAGAAGUUGUUCCGUUUAGAAUCACAAGGUGAAAGAAUCAAAUUAAUGGAAGUUCUUCUUGGUCAACAUUUCUCUUCAGGAUCCAAAAAAGAUUCACUAAUUUUGGCUACUGAUAGACACUUCCGUAAAAUGAAAAUGGCGCACACUUACAGACCUUCGGGUACUCUUGAAGCAUCCAUUAAUCUUAUAAGAGCGGCAAACAAAUUCACUACUGCUUCGUUUGAAGAAGAUUAUGGUCUAUCAAAGCUCUCGUCAAAUAAAAUACAAAUAAAUAUCGUUGAUGGUGAUCAUCGCAGCUUCUUAAGUCACAAUUCCAACGAGGUUGGAAUCCUGAUGGACAAUUUCCUUACUUACGUUUUUGCUUAACGUUUCUUUAUUAUAAAUAAGAUAAAUUCAAUUUCAAACAAAUUAUAUUUUUUGUAGUGGUUUGUAGUGUUCGUAUUAAAUCACCUGUUGAAAAUCACUCGCCUUUA